AUGAUGUCAUUUCCGUAAACAAACUUUUUCGUGUGUUUCAACAGGAUCCAUUGUUCCAACAUCUUCUAGACCCUUCUGGUUAAAGUGAAAACGUUUAAAGCUAUUGAAAUUUAUAGCACUGAUUAGGUCAUACCUGAAUUUCAGCAAAAAACAUUGAGUUUACAGUGACACACGUGAACUUUUGCAAUGGAAGGGCAAGAUGAUGAUAAAUUAAACAAUUCUAUAGACGGUGAAUUUACGUCUGAUCAAGAUGAACUUAACAAGUCUACAGCAAGUACAAGCAGUGAACCAGAAGCUGAGAAGAAAAGAAGAACACAGACCCCAAGUCCUCACAGAUAUCCACCAGCUUUUGUUAAUGUACCAGCAUCCCCACCAAAGUUCAUGAGUUUAGAUGAGAUAAUGGCUGCAGCAGCUGGAGUAAAGAACAUGUCAUUGGCACAUGAAAUAGCUGUUGAUGCUAACUUCAAGUUGGAGAAAUUAGAACCUUCAGAAAAUAGUAUUCAAAAAAAAGUGAAGGAAGUUGUACACAAAGCAUUCUGGGAUGCAUUCCAGGAAAAGUUAAACGAAGAUCCCCCAGAGUUAGGACAUGCUGUUGUGUUAAUACAGGAAGUUAAAGAAAAUUUACUUGCUCUACUACUGCCACAACAUGUUAGAUUGAAAACACAGAUCAAUGAAGUCCUAGAUAUUGAACUUAUACAACAAAAAUUAGAGAAUAAUGCAUUUGAUAUUUAUUAUUACUCAGACUAUAUAGUUGGUAUACUGGCAAAGCUGUGUUCACCAGCAAGAGAUGAUCAUAUUGCCAAACUUAAAGAGAUUAAAGAUAUUAUACCUUUGUUUCAAGAAAUAUUUGCUAUGUUAGAUUUAAUGAAGAUGGAUAUGGCUAACUUUACUAUACAACAAAUACGACCAUAUCUUCAACAGCAGUCCAUGGAAUAUGAAAAGACCAAAUUUGAAGAGUUUUUGAAAACUCAGAGAGAGAGUGGGAUUGAUGGUCUAGAACUUACAAAAAUUUGGUUGAAGAAAAGUUUUGAUGCAUUAAAAGAUCAAGCUGCAGAAGAAGGUGCGACAUCACCAGCCAUGCUGACUCCAGCGGCCAUUGUUAAUGAAGGUUAUGUUUCUCUUCUGUCAUGGGAUGAAAACCAACUAUUUCCUGAGACAUUAGUGAUGGACCAAGGAAGGUUUACAGAUGUAGGAGAUAAAAUACACAGUCUGACACUACUGGCUUCCAUACUCUUAGUAACAUACAGUACUGUGGGUGCUCCUAUAGCAGGAUUACAAAAACUUAAGGAGAAGCUCAAGUCAGAAAUAAUGGUUAUACUGGAUGGUACUGAGCAAAAAGAUUUACCGAGUAUGAUGAGUAACGUAGCUGAACAAGUGAACAAAAAUGUCAAUGAGUAUAUGUCUGAACAUGGAUUCCACCCUCGGGAAGAGACCCAACAAACAGCUUUAUCUGGUCAGAUAACAAGUUUAUCUACCAGAGAACAUCCAGUUUAUAAAGUCAUGUACAAAAGAAUAAGAGACUUUAUUUUACACAUUAUAUCACAAAGACAUUCUGGGCCUUUGAAAGUGCCACCAGGGUUUUCUGUGGUGGAAAUUGAACUUGGCAAAAUUUGUGGUCAAUUCUUAAGACUAAUUUCACAUAACAGGGCAACAUUUAGUAGCUAUUAUACUGACAUUGCCAAUGAACUAAUGCAAAUACAAAUGGAGGACUUAUCCCCCAGAGGAUGAACAUCUGGUCAGUGAAUGAACUGUGUGAUGAUUUUAGAUUUGAGGCGUAUGAAUAUAUAGGAAUACUAGCAGUAUUAGAUAUUGUUGUGUUAUAGUAUUGUCUCAGAAGAAUACUUGUUAUGUAUGAUGUAUGAUCUUGUCAAUUUUAAAUAUUACUAUUUAUGACUAGAUGCUUAUGUGUGCUUGAAAAGCAUUGUAUUACAGUGAUAUUUUAGUCUUCAACAUGAACCUGUCAAUUUAACCACAUGUUCGAAACCAUUUAUACAUUUUUCUGUAUUUUUGUAAGCACCAUAUUUAGGUUUAAGUGUUAUUAUGUUGUCAAACAAAAUUACCAGUUGUUAAAAAUGCUGUUUUUUCAGAUCAGAAAUAAAUAAUCUACAGCUGUGAAAAACUAUAUUUAUCAAUCUUGACCAUUGAUGGCAUCAGAAGCUACAGGAAACUUAAUUAGAAAUUGUACAUUUUUAUGCCCCGCCAUAGUAGAGGGGGCAUUAAGUUCUACCAUCUGUCUGUAUGUGCCAUAGUUGGUUUCCUUUCUGUAACUUUAUUUUGCCUCAACAAAACUUAUACACAAUGCUUAUUACCGCUAAACCCAGAUGAAAUACAAGUUUGAGAAGUGUCACUUUUACAGUUUUUGAGUUAUGUCUCUUUAUAAUGUUAAAUGCAAACAGGGGCAGCAUCGAUCUGUGUCCAUUGGACAAAUACCCCAUUUUUUUAAAAGUAUUUUUCACUGUCUUGCAAUUUGAUUAAUUUUUAUCUUCCAGUUUUAUUUUAGGGCAUUAAAAAAUAACACUGCCGUUCAUUUUGACUAACAAUGUUGUUUGUAUUAGAUGUAAGGUUUUAGAUAUCACACACAAUAUGGUUGUGUUUAUAUGAUAUAAAACAAACUAACCUCAAAAUGAAUGCAAAGAAGAUAUUGUUCUAUGCCUUAUUUACAACAAAAUACUGAUUGAAUAUUGAAAAUAUUUACAUAUUGUUACUGUUGUGAUUAUUCAGAAUUGUAAAAUAGGUGUAGUCAACUGCCUUUUCAUUCAAAACCAAGCUUCAUCUACAUGCUUCCAUGGUUGAUAUUAAAAGAGAAAUGUUUUAUAGUUUAACUUUAAUUUGUAUGCUUGUACUGUCUGUCUGGCUUUAGACGUUAAAUUGUUGUGUAGGACAUUGAACACCCAAUAGAUAGAUGGUAUACACAAUGUACUUGUAUACUAGACACUGGUAGUGUAAAGGGUAUCGUCAUACAAUGUGUGAUGAUAUAUUUUUCAUCACAAGUAUGUUUAUUAUUGGUUAUUUAUUUGAUGGUGCAUAUUUGUUUGUUAAACAAAAA